GGCGCGAGAAGACGCGGGAGAAAGAGAGCGGAGAAUUGGAGAGCUAAAAGCUAUAGUUAGGAAUCAGCUACAAGAUACAAUCAAACAAGAUACAAGAUACAAUCGAAUAAGAUACAAGAUCAAGAUCAUACAAGAUACAAGAUACAAUUAUACAAGAUACAAUCAUACAAGAUACAAGUUAGAAGAUAGAAUCCCCGUCGCCGAAUCGAAGCUUCCUCUAUGUCAACGCUAUAAAAGAUUGCAAAGCUCGCAAGAAUCGCAGAAUCAAAAGAAAGAAUAGAAACUAAUUCAAUCAAGUUGCAGUACCGUCGCUGUGCCGUUACAAUUAUUUAUUGUUUUUUGUGUGUGUGAGUGCGUGUGUGUGCGUGUGUGCGUGUGUGACUGACUACAUGUGUGCCUCGUAGGUAAUGAGUGCAGUUGGCAGCAGUGAUUCCAGCAGCAGGAGCAGAGACUAAAAGACUUUGGGCGCCACACGAAAAAAAGUAGUGCCCCGCCGUGUGGAGAAUGCUGGUGCCGUCGGACAUGAUUGCGGCACAGUCCAAGAUGGUAUACCAGAUGAACAAGUACUGUGCGGACCGCGUCCAGGUGCGCAAGGCGCAGAUCCACAAGCAGAUCCAGGAGGUCUGUCGCAUCGUCCAGGAUGUGCUCAAGGAGGUGGAGGUGCAGGAGCCGCGCUUCAUCUCCUCGCUGAACGACUACAAUGGACGCUUCGAGGGAUUGGAGGUUAUAUCGCCCACCGAAUUCGAGAUCAUCAUCUAUCUGAAUCAAAUGGGUGUGCUCAACUUUGUCGACGAUGGCACACUGCCCGGCUGUGCCGUGCUCAAGCUGAGUGACGGCAGGAAGCGCUCCAUGUCACUGUGGGUGGAGUUCAUCACGGCCAGUGGUUAUCUGUCCGCCCGCAAGAUCCGCUCCAGGUUCCAAACGCUGGUGGCGCAGGCAUGCGAUAAGUGCGCCUAUCGCGACAUCGUCAAGAUGAUCGCCGACACCACGGAGGUGAAGCUGCGCAUCCGGGAGCGCAUCAUCGUCCAGAUCACGCCCGCCUUCAAGUGCGCCGGCCUCUGGCCAAGAUCCGCCUCCCACUGGCCGCUGCCGGGCAUCCCCUGGCCGCAUCCGAACAUCGUCGCCGAGGUGAAGACCGAGGGAUUCGACAUGCUCUCCAAGGAGUGCAUCGCACUGCAGGGCAAGAACUCCGCCAUGGAGGGCGAUGCAUGGGUGCUCAGCUUCACCGACGCCGAGAACCGGCUGCUCCAAGGAGCGAGUCGACGACGCUGCCUGAGCAUCCUGAAGACCCUGCGAGAUCGGCACCUGGACCUGCCCGGCAAUCCGGUGACGUCGUACCAUCUGAAGACCCUGCUGCUCUACGAGUGCGAGAAGCAUCCGCGCGAGAUGGAGUGGGAGGAGAACUGCAUCGCGGACCGCAUCAAUGGGAUAUUCCUGCAGCUGAUAUCCUGCCUGCAGUGCCGCCGCUGUCCGCACUACUUCCUGCCCAACAUGGAUCUCUUCAAGGGCAAGUCGCCGGGUGCCCUGGAGAAUGCGGCCAAGCAGGUUUGGCGGCUCACCCGGAUCAUGUUGACCAAUGUCCGUUGCCUGGAGGAGCUGUAGGAGCUGUAGGAGCUACUACUACUACUAUCCCAUUGAAACCAUUGGAGCUGGGGCCUUCUGUGUUUUUUUUAUGCGCCUUUUGUUAUUAACUGAUGUGUUUUUUUUUUUUUUUUAUUUGUACAACUAAAGACAAAGGAUCGCAAGGAUCAAAGGCGAUGGGCGGGAUCAAAGAAAGGAGAAAAGAAAGUAGAAAGUAGAGAGAGAGAGAGAGAGAGAAAGCAGUGAAAUUGUAACCCAAAUACUAUUUGAUAUUUCGCUAGAUCGUAACUUAAGUUUAGGUGCUUUCGAAAAGUAUACGCCGCUUACAGAGUUUCCUAUAAUUAGAGCAUACUUAGUGUUAUCCAUUUAGAUCGUCAUUGUCGCAAAACGCACACAAGUUACCAACUAGUUACAUUUGUAUGUACGAUAUAUAUAUAUUGUAUAUAUAAUAUAUCACUUUUUUUUUUUAUUCGGCCCAAUUUGCUAAUAGCAAAAGAGUGCAGAGCAAAAUUAGCUAAAUUAGCUGUAAGUCCAAUGAAACUGAGACAGCCGAGCGGUGGAAUAUUUCCCCGUCGGUGCUAAAUUAUUUAUUCUAUGUUUUUGCCUUCUUCUUGUGAGUUUAGUCAAUAAAACGUAAGUUUUUCAAUGAAUUCAA